AUGGAUUUAUUUGGGAAUUUACCGGCAAAUGGAGAUGUUCGGGUGAAGGAUUGGCCAUUGAUGCAAAGCGUCAUUCCGACACUUGCUAUCACUGCUCUCUAUUUUUAUGUUUAUUUACAAUCUUAUUCAAGUGGUUCUAUGCACGUACAUCACAUUGGAAGCAACAUACGUAUGGAUAGGAAAUCGGCAUGUGAAGUAUGUUGGUUAUAUUUUAUGAUGAAAAUUAUUGAUUUAGUCGAUACCAUUAUUUUCGUGCUACGAAAAAAAGACAAUCAAAUCACGUUUUUACAUGUUUAUCAUCAUCUAACCAUGGUAUUCUUCGGUUGGUAUGGAACAAUGUAUGUUGCAGGUGGACAAUCAUUGUUUAUUGUUAUUAUCAAUUCAUUUAUUCAUGUUAUUAUGUACGCUUACUACGGUCUCAGUGCUUGUGGAAGUCGAAUUCAGAAGUAUCUAUGGUGGAAACGUUAUUUAACUCAAGCUCAAAUCACUCAAUUCGUUAUGGUUCUUAUUCAUUCCGCGGUGAAUUUCUUGACUCCGUGUAAUUAUGCGAAAAUCUUCGAUGUGUCGUUCUUCUUGUAUGGAGUAUCGAUUUUGACACUGUUCUUAAACUUUUACCUUCAAAAUUCAUUUGUUUGUUGGGGUUUGUUUUUCAUGACGAAAAUAAAUUGUGUUAUGUGUGACGAAUAUCUUUUCCGCCUAUUCUUAUUCUUAGUUACCUUGUUUCUAUUGAAUAUGAGCGAUACAAGUGUCAUUUCCCAUCGAACUCAUCGGCGGAGAGCUCGAGACGAUGAUUCCUGUUGUGAACAAUAUUGGUGCGAGGUCAUCAGCUGUUUCCUUGUGAUUCUUCUCAUUGUUUCAUCGGUUUUAUUGGUAUAUUUUACAAACAAAUUCACUGCGCGUGAUCGAGAACGUCAGCGGAUUAAAAACGAGUUCAAACGUAAACAUCGCGUCACUGACAAAGUCUUAGAUCUGAUCAUGAAAGAUGGCCUCCUUUUAAAAUUUCUCGCCAAAUCGCAAAGUACAAUCACAACAACAUUCAAGGAGCUAUUUCAAGAUAUUGCCGGAACAUUAUUCAAUGAAUAA